GCCCACUUCUCCAACAUCCAACUCCGCAAACCCACCAAAUCUCCACUCAACCAAACCGCACACACAACAACAACCACAAUGUUCGCUGCCCGCGUCCUUUCCCGCGCCGUCGCGCCCGCCCCCCGCUCGUUUAUCCAGCGCCGCCUCGCUUCCUCCGGCCCCACCGGCUCAAAGGCCGACGGUAACGCCUUCAUCCGCGAGCGCGAGGCUGUCAAGAAGCACGCUGGCGAGUCUGCUGAGCUCUGGCGUAAACUCUCGAUCUACGCCACCGUCCCCUGCCUGAUCGUCACGGCCAUCAACGCGUACAACCUGUACCAGGAGCAUUGGGAGCACUGGGCGCACAUGCCGCCGCUCGAGGAGCGCCCCGAGUACUCGUACCAGAACCUGCGCACCAAGAACUUCUUCUGGGGCGACGGCGACAAGACCCUUUUCUGGAAUGACAACGUCAACUACCACAAGACUGAUUAAACCGUCAUACGCAAUCGCAGAUGCAGAUGCAGAUGCGGACGCGGAACUGGCGGGCUGGGGUGGGAUGGGGGUUGUGUAUCUA